AGUAAUAAUUAUUAAUUAAUUAAUGAACAAAAUGGCAUCUUUAUCCAGCAAGAAAACAGGUUUUCUAAGCUCUCUUUCAUACCAAGUCAGACAUUUAACAAUGAGCAGAGCUAAUUGUAAUAUUAUUAAUAGUAAUAAUAAUAGUAAUAAAUAUUAUGAUUUGGUUGUUAUUGGAGGUGGGUCAGGUGGUCUUGCUUGCUCUAAGGAAGCUUCACAGUUAGGAAAGAAAGUUGCAGUCUUGGACUAUGUGUCUCCAUCACCUCAAGGUACUAGUUGGGGUCUUGGUGGUACGUGUGUCAAUGUUGGUUGCAUACCAAAGAAACUGAUGCAUCAAGCAUCACUAAUACACUCUGCUGUACAGGACUCGUAUAGUUAUGGUUGGAUGGAUUCUAAUAAUGCUAGCUUAAACGUCACUCACGAUUGGAACUUAUUGGUGGACAAUGUACGCAAUCAUAUACUAUCAUUGAAUUGGGGGCAUAGAGUACAAUUGAAAGAAAAAAAAGUUGACUAUUAUAAUUGUUUUGGUCGCUUUGUGGACAAUCACACUAUAGAAGCUACAGAUAAAAAUGGGAAAAAAAUGUCAUUAUCUGCUGAUAAUAUUGUUAUUGCUGUUGGAGGAAGACCUGCUUUCCCUGAUCAGGUCCCUGGUGCCAGAGAGUUUGGUAUUUCAAGUGACGAUAUUUUCUUUCUAAAGGAACCACCAGGGAAAACCCUGGUAGUUGGUGCUAGUUAUGUUGCUUUAGAGUGUGCUGGGUUCUUGAACGGUCUCGGAUAUGAGACAUCAGUCAUGAUUCGAUCACAACCACUCAAAGCAUUUGACGAACAUUUAUCAAAGCUUGUAUUAGACCACAUGGAAGCCGAAGGUGUUGAAUUCCUCAGAGACUCCACCCCUUUAAGAGUUGACCGGAUAAUCAAUGAGUCCGGGAAGACAGAGCUUCAAGUCUCUUAUUCCACUCGUACAGAUAAUUCUAAUAAUAAUGGCAGCCAAGAAAUGCACAAGGUUGCUGUGGAUACGGUUCUGUUUGCUACUGGAAGGAGGGCAGCUACUACAGACUUGAAACUUGAUAUACUUGGUAUUCAAACUGAUGUCUCCACCUGUCAGAUUCCAGUUGAUGAUAAUGAUGCCACUAGUCUGCCUAAUGUGUUUGUUAUUGGUGACGCGGCUCUAGGAAGGCCAGAGUUAACCCCGGUAGCCAUAAUGUCUGGUAAACUAUUGGCAAAGAGAUUAUACUCAAACUCAAGUGAACUAAUGGAUUAUAAAAUGGUUCCUACAACAGUCUUCACUCCAUUGGAGUAUGGAGCCAUUGGGUUUACUGAGAGACAAGCCAUUGAUCAGUUUGGAGAAGAGAAUGUCGAAGUGUUCCAUGCAUUUUAUAAGCCACUGGAGUAUUACUUACCAUUCCGUAACAGCAAUCAAUGUUAUAUUAAGGUUGUUUGUGCUGCCACUGAAGGGAGGGAGAGAGUUGUUGGUCUUCAUAUGACUGGCCCUAAUGCCGGUGAGGUUGUUCAAGGGUUUGCUGUAGCCAUAAAACGUGGUAUUACAAUGAGAGACAUACAGUCCACAGUGGGUAUACAUCCAACUGUAGCAGAGGAGGUUGUCAAGUUACAUAUAACUAAGAGUUCGGGGGAAGACCCAACAGUCACUGCCUGCUGAGGCUAAAUCUCUUCUCUUGUCCUCCACUGUGUAACCAAUCAAGAUGAGUUUUUAAAGAGGCGGGGGUGUGAUUGAACUCAAGAUAUUGAUCUGUUGGCAAGAGAACGUUUAUUCUUUUCUCAUUUUAGAAGUCUUUCCGACUUUUUUCUCUUCUCUCCUCUCUCUAUCUUUCUCUCUCUCUUUCUUCCUUUUCUUUCUCUCCUUCAAUUGCUCAGUGAUAGUGAUCCUUUAAACCUUUAAUGAAAGGGAAGGGUAACUUGAUGGUAUGAGCUAUGCAUACUACAAUAACAACUGGAUUAUCUACUUUCUCCCUUUGGCGUGCAAUUUGCACGUCGUCUUUUUAUAAAUUUGUAGAAUUAGAAGAAUGAUUUA